AUUGGCUCGCCUUAGUGUAUUAGAAAAAUAAGAAGUGGUUCAAGUUAGUGUUAAGGUGACAGGAGCCUUGCUGUUUCCCUCCAUUCUUUGUUGCUUCUGAAAGUGUAUUAGUAGUUAACUGCCCUGACUCUUCCUGUAAAUGUUGAAUGCACCAUUACUGCGUCGAAAUGCCAUUCUGAACUCCUGUUUAAUCAACAUCCUAGACAAAUGCAAUUCAAUGUUAGAGCUAAAAAAAAUUCAUGCUCUUGUAAUCACUUUAGGUCUCUCUCAAGAUGAGCCUUUUGUAUCAAAAAUCCUUUCUUUCUCUGCACUUUCUGAUUCAGGAAACAUCAAUUAUUCCUGCUGGGUAUUAUUCUCUCUAUUGAACCCAACAAUCUUUAAUUGGAAUACAGUCAUUAGAGGCUACUCAAAGAGCAAAAAUCCAAAUGGAUCAAUAUCAGUUUUUAUUCAAAUGUUGAAAGUUGGAGUCUUUCCUGAUUAUUUAACAUAUCCAUUUCUUGUUAAGGCUUCGGCUCGCCUUUUGAAGCGAGAAUUAGGGUUUUCUAUUCAUGCACAUAUUAUAAAACAUGGCUUUGAAUCUGAUAGGUUCAUUUCGAAUUCUUUGGUUCAUAUGUAUGCUUCAUUUGGCGAUAUUUCUUGUGCACGAUACGUGUUUGAUGGAAUGCCAGUUAAGAAUUUGGUCUCCUGGAACUCUAUGGUGGAUGGUUCUGCAAAGUGUGGAAAUAUGGUUUUGGCACGUCAGCUCUUUGAUUUAAUGCCUGAUCGGGAUGUCUUGUCAUGGAGUUCUUUGAUUGAUGGGUAUGUUAAAAAUGGGGAUUAUGGAGAUGCUAUGGUGGUUUUUGAUAAAAUGCGUGUCUCAGGUCCUAAGCCGAAUGAGGUAACAAUGGUGAGUGUAUUAUGUGCUUGUGCUCACUUGGGGGCACUUGAUAAAGGAAGAAUGAUGCAUCAUUAUGUGAUCGAUAAUAAGUUGCCAUUGACACUGGUGCUAUGCACCUCUCUUGUGGACAUGUAUGCCAAAUGCGGAGCUAUCAACGAGGCGUUUGAUGUAUUUCGUGGCAUUCCAGCAGAACUGAGUGAUGUCCUACUAUGGAAUGCUAUGAUUGGAGGACUUGCAACUCAUGGUUUAGUCAAAGAAUCACUUGAUUUGUUUAAAGAAAUGAAUUUUGUUGGGGUUAAGCCGGAUGAGAUCACAUACUUGAGCUUGUUGCAUGCUUGCGCGCAUGGUGGGUUAGUAAAGGAAGCGUGGUAUUUCUUUGAUUGUCUUGGCAAACAUGGCAUGACUCUCAAGAUUGAGCACUAUGCUUGUAUCGUGGAUGUUAUGGCUCGUGCUGGUCAAAUAGCAAAGGCAUACCAGUUUCUAUGUCAAAUGCCUAUUGAACCUACUGCUUCAAUGUUGGGUGCUCUGCUUAAUGGAUGUAUGAACUAUGGAAUGUUUGAUCUUGCAGAAAUCGUAGGAAGGAAACUUAUCGAGCUAGAGCCGCAUCAUGAUGGCAGAUACAUUGGCUUGUCAAAUGUUUAUGCUUCUGUGAAACGCUGGGAUGAAGCCAGAAACAUGAGAAAAGCCAUGGAGAGGAUGGGUGUAAGAAAAUCUCCUGGUUAUAGUUUUGUGGCGAUUAACGAAAGUCUUCACAGAUUCAUUGCACAUGAUAAAACACAUCCGAGUUCAGAGCUAAUAUAUAUGAUGUUAAGUUUUAUUGUAAGCCAAAUGAAGUGCAGUAUUGACCAUCAAAAUCAAGAAUUUUUCUGUUUAUAUGAUAAUUUUUGGGAUUGAGUAUAAUGCCUUUUAUCCUGAAUUUUUCUAUCUUACUAGUUCUGUUGUUAAGGUUUGGUGAGGCUGUGACGAAGUGGGUCAUUAAAGUGGUUGGUUCCUGGCAGCAGGUGUACGCAGAUUUGUUGGGUUGGCUCUGAUCAAGGGCGAAAUUUAACUUAUGCGCUACCUUCCCCUUGGAGGAUACAAGGGAACCCUAACCACAGGAGGGUUGGGCAGCACAGGAUAGCUUUCUCACAAGACAGACUCCCAAGCCAACCUGGAAGAGUAUGUGUGUCUGUCCAAAUUGAUAUAUCAUAUUCACGAAGGGCUUUUUCUGAAAUAACUUGUGGGGCAAUUAAAUUAUAAAUUCAAUUGACUUAAGUUCAACUCUCUAGCUAAGCAAGUGAUACCUAGAAGAUGAAAGAUGACUUUUUGAUUUAGCUGGUGGCAUAUAAAAGAUUUUCUUCCUUGACAGUUGAAAUAUAUAGUAGAUCACGGAAGAUGAUAUAAUUAGUAGUUAAUAAGAUAUCCUCUGCAACAUUUGAAAAAUCUCAUGUGAUAUUGGAACCCCAACAAUGGCUUUUGUCGCAAUCACAUGAAUAUCGAUAGUUGAAACAUAUAAUAGAUCAUGGGAAAGGAGUAGAAAUAGAAUUAGUAGUUAAUAGGACAAUUUUUACAAAAUUUGAAUAUUACAUAGCUCAUAGCAUUAAAACAAGGGAGAAGGUGCAUUUUUGCCCUUGACAUUUAGUGUGAGGAGCACAUUAGCACUCAAACUAUUUUUAGGCGCAAUUAGAUAUUUAAACUAUCAAAAAGUUAUCAUUUAAGCCCCCUUCUUAGCAGUAAACUAAACGACGUUAAAAGGAGGUGAUGUGGCAAAUAAUCGACCUACUAACGCAAAGAAUCCAAGUUGCAAUGAAAUGAGCAAUGUGUUGAGGCUCUCUAGGAUCAGGAGGAGGGUUUAUGUUGGUUUAACGACACCAAGAUCUGCAACCACGAGUACAUGAUCUUGAGGUUGAAGCAAGAAAGAGAGUGUUUGAUCUCCAUCGUAAUAGCGAGAAGAUGAAUGCAAGGAUUUGGGAUAAAGAUUAUUGAAGGAUUUGAGAUGAAUGAUUAUCAAAUCAAACUCUUGAUUAAAAAUGAAGGGAACCACAUAUUGCUUUGUGGUUAGUGAGUGAUGAUCAAAUUAAAUUCUGGAAACUGAGUAGGACACCAGUUCAGAGAUGGGUUUGUGAAUGCAACUGAGCUGGAACAAUGAGUUAACGAACUCAGUUGGAACAACUGAGUUGUAUAUACUGCGGAUCAACUGGGAUGUAUAUCUUUUUGUUGGUUACUGAUUUUUUGAUUUUUGAAAAGAGAUUCUUAAAAUAGUGGCUAGGUUGAGUUACUGUUACUAUUGCUAUAUAAGGUGAUGGCAUUAAGACUAGUGGAUUUGCUGGUAUUUCUAAAAAAAAUCCCACUUUUUUUCCUUUCAUCUUUCUCUGUAUUAUUUGAGGGUGAUGGAGAACUAAAUCAUUUGGUUAAUUCCUCUUUCUCCAAUCUAUAAAAAUCUCAAAUUAAAGCUUGAGCG